AGCGUAACGUGGUCAGUUGUCUAUUUCUCCGAAAAUCACAAGUCUAAAGGGCAGCUCAUUAGCGUUAUGGUAAUUGUAUGGCUAUCGACGGUAAGUGUUUUAUCUGCGAUCUGGCGCACGCCUGCCAAGACAAGUUCCUGAUACUAUCGGCGUAUGCAAUUAGUGAAAUGUGAUACAUCGUACAGGAGAUGUUUGGCACGACCGCAUCGCCAUGUUUGCAUCUGCACCGCGUCCUUAUCGGGGUUGAAUUUAUAUGCCUGCGGGCAGACUGCAACUGUGUCAGUCGUCUCCGGCACUUUGCACACAAUGAAGCUACUCACGUUGGUGGUGCUGCUGUUCUCCGCCAGCAUUGUCUGCCGGGCAGAGCAACAAAAAUUCGAUAACUACAAACUCUACACACUUUACGUGGAGGAUGACGAACAGGCGGAAGAACUGCACAACUGGUACGUCAACGGGAACCUUGACUUCUGGAGCUACGGUACGCUGAACGACAGUGUCACGGUGAUGGUCAAUCCGGAGCUGCAGGAAUACUUCGAAGCCAUGCUGGACGAUGUGCAGCUCGAAUCGGAACUGGUGGAAGAGAACGUACAGUCGUUGCUGGAGCACGAGCAGGAACAGCGCGGCAUACACACCUUGAGCAAGCGUAGACGUCCACAGAAACUACCGCAGAAGCCCACCAGCAUCGAUGGCGUCGAUGAGGAUGCGGUCGAUUUCGAUCAUUUCUGGACGCUGGACGAGAUCUAUCAUUACAUGAAUCGGUUGGAGAAGACGUACCCGAAUCUGGUGCGCGUAAUGACGAUCGGUAAAACGUUCGAGAAUCGUUCGAUCUUGGCGAUCACCGUUUCGAAGGAUGGACGUAUCAACCAGACACGGCCAGUGGUGUUGGUCGAUGCAGGUGUGCAUGCGCGUGAGUGGGCUUCGCAUAUGUCGGCGUUGUAUCUGAUCCAUCAGCUGGUGGAGUUUGCGGACAAGAAUGAGGAUCUCCUGUACAAUACGGAUUGGAUUAUUAUACCGGUGGCGAAUCCUGAUGGAUACGUUUACUCGUACGAGACGAACCGACUGUGGCGUAAGAACCGUAACGCGGAUAAUGUGCUCUGCACUGGUACGGAUUUGAACCGUAACUUCCCAUACCGCUGGAGUUACACUUCUCAUUCUUGCACGGAUGGCUAUGCCGGUAAAUCUCCCGGUUCGGAGAAGGAAACCCAAGCCCUGAUGCUCCUGAUGGCCGAGUUCGCGAACAGCAUCAAGAUGUAUCUGUCCGUGCACAGCUGCGGUGAUUACAUCCUGUACCCGUACGGUUUCGCCUACAAACCCGUCCCAAAUGCGGAAGAUCUUUACGCGCUGGGCCUGCAAGCGGCCGAAGCCGUACAAAAGAUCGGUGGACCCGAGUAUCUGGUCGGUCAAGCAUCCGGCUUACUGUACCUGGCGACCGGUAGCGAUGACUUCAUGUACGGUGCGUACGGCGUUGAGUAUGCGUACACGCUCGAGCUGUCUUGCGGUGACCGUGGGUACGGGUUCAUCAUCGAGUCGAACCAGAUCGAAACGAUUGCAAAGGAAACGUUCGAGAUGUUCAAGGUGUUUGGCAUGCACGCCAGUAUCCAGAAGAUGAGCAAGCGUCCCUAAACGCACCAGCAGCCAUUCAAUCGUUCAGCAACAACAAAAAAAAAAAAACCCCGCCCGCUCUAUACAUUCCGCACACGUAAUCGCUAUCGAAUUUAAAUAUCGUAAUAAAUAAACUGAGAGAUGCUCGUAUAGAGGCGAUGCUCGUGCAAAAAAAAAAAA